AUGUUGACUGCAUCUCCCUCUCCCUCCCCCGAACCUGAGGAGCGCCCGCAAGAUGGUGGCGACACGUCUACAAAUGACACCACUCUCAAUGACGUGGCUCAGAAGGAGCCUGAAGAAUCCGUCGCAGAUCGGAUCGACCAUGCAUGGGCGGCAGUUCUCAAUACUAUGCAUGUCUGCAUAGACACAUCUCCUCCCUCCAAGCCUGAACUCUUGGAGGAGCAGGAAUGCUGGCUCCGUGAUUGGAAUACCGUGAUGUCCAAUAUGACCUCUGUCUUCCACCGUGCGCAUGCGGCAGAGAUGCACUUGUCCCUGAACGAUGUGGAUGCGGUUACGUUAGCUGGGGGUAAGAUCGCUGCAUGGAUGCUAACAAGAGCCAUGAAGACGUGGAAGGAGAAGGCGGAGGGGUCUGCCGGGAAGGCGAAGAGGGUUGUCACUACUGAGAAGACAGUGGAGAAGGCGAUGGAGAAGUUGGUUGCCACUAAGAACAAGGGACGCACGCCGGCUGUGCUGAAGUGCAAGGUGCCUCCCUCCGUGCAAAUGACUGCGCCGGAUGCUGGUGAGUCCGAGGUGGAAAUGUGGUCAGACAGCCCAAGGUUGAGAAUUGACCCAGUGAGGCGGGCCAUCCAACGUGGGCCCAUGUGUGCUUAUGCACGGAUGGGCCCACAGUGUGGAAUAGCACCCAUGCUAGCGGGUGGGCCAAGUGUUGAUGCCAUAGGUGAAUGGGACAAAUGUAAUGGGCCAGAAGUAUCAGAAGAGGGCACCAGUGAACCGACCAGUUAUUCCUGGGCCCAUCACAUUACCGGGAAGGGUUGGUUGGAUGGGCCAACUGGUUAUUUUGGGCCAAGUAGAUACCAAUUCAGCAAGUCGGGUGGGCCUAUCAUGGAGGAAUUCCCGGUAGUCAUGGGUGGGCCAUUAGUAUAUGAAUGCGGGUACUCAUUUAGUAGGGGUCACGGAUGGGCCCAGCUAGUUUUUUUCAGCCCACCAGAUAUACAUCUGAUCCCUCCCGGAGGGGCAAUGCAUGGUCCCAUCUAUCAGUACAUAUGCUGGGUAGCCUUGAAUGGGCCUAUGAAUGGGCCCAAGAGAAUAUGCAUUUGA